AUGCUCCAUACGGGGCGCACGCCUGCGUUUUCCAUUUGCUGAAACUUUUCAAUAUAUCGAUGUAAUAAAUAAAUUAAAUAAUAGUGAACGGACUGUAACGUGAUUUUAAUUUGGUUCGAGCCGUUGAUGGCGUCUUGUAAAGUCAUGACGGCAUGAUGGACUGAGCGCAGGCGACAUGGCGGGCAUGCCCUUGCUGGGCAACAGCGUGGGCGCGGGCGAACUACGAGAAGAUGCCAGUAACAGAUCGUCUAGUAGUGGCUCGCGUCGCGGCUCCUCCCCUCCAAGAGGACAGGAGCAGGAAGCGGACGUGAGUUGUCACCGGCCAGACCUGACGACGUCCCUUCCCUCGCGCCGCCCCACCAGCUACGAGAGGGAAUACAAGGUCCCCACUGUGGCGUCGCUGAGCGGCGCGAGCGUGGUGACGCACGCGGCGCCGUCGUACGAGGAGCAGCGCGCGAGCCCUGCUCUGCUGUGCCGCAACACCGGCGGCACGCCCGGCGGACGCAGCGUGCGCGACGACGGCUACUGCUCCGCGGGGAGCACGCCUCGCGCGUUCGAACAUAAAUCAACGAAAGGGUCAGUUGUUACCCUAUCAUGCUAUAAAAAGGAGCCUAAAAUCCAAAUUGAGGAGGAGGUCUACUUUAGCGAAUCCUCUAAGCGGGUUAGAGGAAAUAGUAUUGCUAAAACAGCAGAAAUAAAUGACGGGCGGGAGACAUGGGGCACAGGAGCGGAUUUUCUUCUUUCUAUUAUUGGUUUCGCGGUGGAUUUGGCUAAUGUGUGGCGGUUUCCGUAUUUAUGCUACAGGAAUGGUGGCGGCGCCUUCCUUAUUCCGUACAUGCUGAUGCUAAUAUUCGGCGCUGUACCUCUUUUCUACAUGGAAUUAAUUCUUGGGCAAUACAAUCGACAAGGGCCGAUUACGAUAUGGAAAAUCUGUCCUCUUUUCAAAGGCGUGGGCUUUUGUGCGGUGAUGGUGGCGUUUUAUGUAUCUUUUUACUACAAUGUUAUUAUUGGCUGGGCAUUCUACUUCCUCGUAUCGUCAGCUCGAUCAGAGCUUCCGUGGCUGCACUGCGACAAUUACUGGAACACCGAGCAAUGUUGGGACGCAGCGCGUUUGAACGCGACGAAUCGUACCGACAUACCGUACCAAGGACCCCUGUCUCACUUUACACCGGCAUCGGAAUUCUUUCAUCGGGCGGUACUGGAGAUGCAGCAUUCUGAAGGGCUGAACGAUUUGGGCUUACCGAAAUGGCAACUCGCGAUAUGUUUGGGUGUAGUCUACUUUACCCUCUAUUUGUCCCUCUUCAAAGGGGUCAAAAGUUCUGGGAAAGUAGUAUGGCUGACUGCAACGAUGCCAUACGUAGUGUUGUCGAUACUUCUUGCAAGGGGACUUCUAUUACCGGGCGCUACUCGCGGCAUCGCCUACUACUUGCACCCUGAACUUAACCGGCUGAAGGAUACACAGGUUUGGGUGGACGCUGCAGUUCAGAUAUUUUACUCAGUUGGUGCUGGUUUUGGAGUCCAUCUCUCUUAUGCGAGCUACAACACUUUUCAUAACAAUUGCUACAGAGACUGCCUGGUGACGACCCUAGUGAACUGCUUCACGUCAUUCUUUUCCGGAUUUGUUAUCUUCACGUACUUGGGCUUCAUGUCUCACAAGCAAGGGGUUCCUAUAUCAUCUGUUGCAACUGAAGGACCAGGCCUAGUGUUCCAAGUAUACCCCGAGGCAGUCGCGACUCUACCGGGAGCAAGCCUGUGGGCCAUGCUAUUCUUCUUCAUGCUCAUUAUGUUGGGAUUAGACUCUGGGAUGGGUGGUCUGGAAUGCGUGAUCACGGGUCUGUUGGACCAGGCGCGCGCGUGCGGCGCCCACUGGCUGCGACGAGAGCACUUCACGCUGGUGGUCGUGUGCCUGUCCUUUUGCGUCGCUUGCAUCAACGUCACACCGGGCGGUAUCUACAUGUUUCAUUUAUUGGACACAUACGCUGCGGGGAUAUCUUUGCUGUGCUCGGCACUCUUUGAAGCGGUGGCGGUAUCAUGGUUCUAUGGAUUGAAACGAUUUUCCGAUGACGUAGAGGAAAUGCUAGGCUUCAGACCCGGCAUCUACUGGCGGAUAUGCUGGAAGUUCGUCAGUCCCGUGUUCAUCAUUGGCGUCGUAGUGUUCGGUCUCUUGUACCAACAGCCUCUGCAGUACCAGGACUACACCUACCCCCAGUGGGCGGUGGUGCUGGGCUGGGGCCUGGCCUGCUCCUCCAUACUGAUGAUACCCCUCGUGGCUGUUUACAAGCUCUUCACCACUACUGGAACUUGUCGUCAGCGUAUAGCAUGUUGCAUCUCUCCGGAAUCUGAACACGAAGCUAUUCGCGGAGGAGCUCCUGUCAGUCGAUUUACUUGGAAACAUUGGCUCUACGUUUAAAAUAAUAAAGUCAUAUGGAUUCUGGCAAAAGCUGAUCAAAAAGACAGAGUUAAUGAAAGAGGGGGAGAGGAGGUGGCAAGCACUGAUCUGAUCAAUCUUGGACAAGGAGGAAUUUGUCUUGUUUAUCUUGCCACCAAGUAAAUUAUGGACCUACUUUUGGUUACGAAUAUGGCAUCAGUUGCUGGGCGAGGACGAGAAAUAAAGUAAAAAACAAUGAAGUUAAGAAGAAAUACAUGAAUAUAUGAUACAUAUUUUCUACUUAAUAUUUGCUUCUUAAUUAUAUUAUUCUGUAAGACCUAGUUUGUGACUUAGAAAAAAUAGUUUCAAGCAAACUGGUGGGAUUAUACUUAAAAUGGCCUAUUUAUAUUCACUGUCAACAUUGGUAAGACGAAUUGGAAAUUUUAUAGGAAAGAUCUCGAAUGUAGAUGGCGGUAUUUUUUUACUUACUUAAAAAGUAGAUGUUGUAGAGAUUUAGAGAUUUAUAUGUGGGUAGUUACUUAAAUAUCGCGCUUAAGAAAUUAAAUUUUGAUCAUAAUUUUGACAUUUGCAUCUAGUAUGGCAACAAUAUACUUGUCUAUUAUUUAAUAAAGAUACAACUAUUUUAUAUUUGACGUUAAUAUUGUUCGGGCUGGCCCCUUUUAAUAGCUGAUUAUUUUAGAAACUCAAAUAUGUUAUCACCAUAAAUUAUAAUCAAUUAUAAAGUACUUAUAUUCUAUUUGUUGUACUUAUUCUAAUAUAAAGUCGUUAAAUAUUUGUAAAAAAAAAAGAAUUUUGUAUUUAAAACGCUGUCCACUAAGGACCUAGUUCGCAAUCAGAUCUGUGACGUACACAAUAAUUUUGUAAAUAGACCGAUAUUAUAUUUGUCGCUGUUAUAUACCUGAAUAAUGUACACAAAUGCUAUUUAUAACCCUGUAUGUAACAUAUUUUUCAAGCAAACAUAUUUUACACUUUAAUUUUAAAAAAAGUAUAGCGAACUAAAAAUGAAGUUAUGUGGAGUUGUCUACUUUUAUCGUAAUAUGUAUAUUAUUUAAUAUAAAAUUUUCUUCUCACUGAAACUGCAAAGUCUCGCAUAAAACUAUUUCGAAAAAAUAAACCUUUAAUAUAACUCAACAUAUAAGAUUUAACCCAAUAUAUAUAUAUAUAUAUAUAUAUAUAUAUAUAUUUACUUCAUUAUAAAUAGUCAUAUUGCUUGUCAACACGAAACGAACUACGAAGUAAUAUAACUUACUUUGAUAUAAAUUACAAAAUAUAAAGGGAGAUCUUUGUAUAACCAAUCAACCAAUCUUUAUGUAAUUAAAUGGGUACUUUGUUAUAUAUAGAUUAUUGACUUGAGAGAACUGUGAUUAGUGUUAGAACUAUUUAUUUCUAUAGGAAAUAUAUAAAGUAGAAAUAUCGUACUUUUUUUUGUUUAAUUCUUAAAAUAAAAAAAAAUAAAAUACAUACCUAUAUUUAGAAAAAAAUAUUCUGUUAAACACUAAUUUGCCUACUUAACAUAUAGUCUGUAAGAGUAUGCUCCGGGAGAGUUAAAACUAACCUUGUAUAUAAAUACAGUGGUUUAUGUUACACAAUUACUGUAAAUAUCGCUGUGUUAGAAAUGUUCUAAUAACAAAAAUGUUUAGAUAUCUAUGUGGACUGUGUUCAUUUAUUAAUAAACAAUGGUGUUAGAUACA